AUGUGUGAAACUAACACAACAGAAAGUGAUCGAAUAAUCGGAAAAAAAAAAGAGGAAGAUAAACUUUUUGAAAUGUUAAGAAAUAACAAUGUAAAAUCAAAGGGCUCUUUAAAUGUCAUAUGGAUGGAUUAUUUUUAUUAUGAUAUAAAAAGUAUAGCAAACAAAAUUACACAUUUUUCUAAUCAAAGUAACAAAAAAGAAGCUUAUAAAAAAUACAUGUUAGUAUUCAAUAUAAACAUUAAUGAUGCUUGCAUAUAUUUCAAAGAUCUUUUAAUUAAUACAUUUAAAAUAUAUGAUGAAAGAAAAUUAGAUUACAUAUUAUACAUAAAGAAGCAUGCCCACAAGAUGAAGAAUAUGUUAUUUUUGAAAUAUCUAUAUAAUAUAAAUGUACUUCAAGAAGACACAAGUAUUUGCCCAUUUAGUUGCGAUAAUUAUACUAAUAAUGUUAUAGAUAAAUUUUAUAUAAUAUAUAGUAACGAUAAGUAUGAAGAAAGUAAGGAAGUUCAACGAUUACAUACCAAUUUAGAAAUAUGUAGAGGAUGCAUAUGUAAUAUAUUUAAAUUUCUUGGUGAUUUGUUUAGAUAUAAACGGCAAUUUUUUAAUGAAGAUAAGAAAGAAAAUGAAUUUAAUUCAUAUAUAAAUUAUUAUAGAUCUUUAUACUAUUCCAAAUAUAAUGGCUAUUUAUUUACUCAACUAGGAUUAUUAUAUACAGGCACAAAUCCUAUACAAUCUUUAUAUUUUUAUUUUUUAUCACUAAUAUCAUGUCGGCCAUCUAAAAAUAGGGACAUUAUCAUUGUUUAUAUGGAACAAAUAUUAAAUAAAAAAAAUAAACCGGAAGCAAUUUUGCAACUCAUUAAGGAUGUUUAUCCGUUUAAUGAUGAAAAUAGUGAAACUGGUGAAUACCAGACAGAGAACAAUAGUGAUCAAACAUGUAUGAAUAAUAAGAAAGAAAAAAAGUUGACAAAAAAAAGGUCAAAAUCCAUUGAGAAUAGAAAAGAAUAUAAGAAAGGCAAACAAUAUAAUAGUGAUAGAGAAAAUCCUGUUGAAAUGGGUAGUAGUAGUGAUGCCCAUAGUUAUAGCAGAAGUGAUAGUGGGACCUACAGUAGUAGCAGCGACAAUAGUUGUAGUGAAAGUGAUAAUGAUACUUGUAGUAGUACCAAAUCUUUUAGGAGUAAGCAUACUUGUAUAGGUGAUGGAAAUAAUGAUAGAAAAUCGAAAAGAAGACAUCGAAGGAAUAAAAGAUCUGAGAAAGAACUAACGGCAAAUGAAUUGCUACGAAGAAUUUGUAAAGAAGAAAAAAGGGAAAUUUCUAAAAAAAAAUAUAUAAAAAAAAAAAAUGAUGCAUAUAAAGAAUUAAAAGAAACAACUGUAAAAUUUUAUAUUAGUUAUUUUGAAAUUAUAAAAUUAUUAUUUUCAAAAAUUGAUAUGAAUGAAUUUGAAAAGAAAAAAAAUGAAUUUAUGUAUUAUACAAAUAAAUAUGUAAAAAUUCAAUAUAAUAAUAAAAUAGAUAACGAUUUGAUCUUUAAAAAUAUUAUUAUUAUUGUUUUUACUUUGUUAAGUCUGGUCAUAUAUAUUAUUAUUAAUCAGUAUGAGAUACAAAGAAAUAAAAUAGACAAUUUUUUCUACGGAAGUGUUAAUAUAAAUAAAUAUAUAUAUAAAAAUGAGCAAAUAUAUUUUUCAUUUAUUUUAAUUCAUGAAAUUUUAUUAUCAUGUAAAUAUUUUUACAACAAUUUUUAUUCGAAAUAUUUAUCUAUAUUUGUAUAUAUAAUAUAUUGGAUUAAUAAUGAAACAAGUUUAAACAACACACACAUAACUAAACUAGAUAACAAAGACAAUGAAGAAAAAAAUCAUCUAAUAAAACUGUAUCAUGAAUACUAUAAGGAAAAAGCGACUGUUGAGUCUUGCUCUAAUAAUAAUAAUAAAAAAGAUUGUGAAAAAAAAUAUGAUAAUAAUGAUGAUCGAGAAUAUUUGAAAAAUGGUGAUAUUAUACAUAGUAUUAAAAAUUUGAUAUAUAGUAUAGAAAUUAAAGAAGAAGUUAAAUUUGACAAUCGUUUGUUGUAUUAUGUACUCGAUGAAGAUUUAUGUGUCUAUCCAUUUUUAAGUGAUUUAAAAUUCUCAAAUGAAAAAGUUCGAUUACCGAAAUGUCAGGAUAGUCAAGCAAAUUCGGACUCUCUCCAAGAAUCAAGCGAUUUAGACAACUCUGAUGAAGAAGAUGCUAUAUUUUUAAAAAAAUCGAUAUUUGAAAAGUCUUCUUCAAUUUGCACAGAUAAAAAAGAAAAAAAUAAUAACAAAUUAAAUAGUUAUAAUAAUUUGUAUGACCACUCUGAAUUGCGUAAUGACUAUGUGAGCACAUCACAUGAUAGUUGUAGCGAUUAUUCGAGUACUCAAAGUAAAGAGAAAAAAAAAGGGGCAAAACAUUAUGAAGAAUCUCAAAUGAAUCAUAAAAAUUUGAUAGAAGACAAAAAUAUGCACACAAAAUAUUUUUCUAAUCAUGAAAAAAGUGAUAAAAAAAGUCAUGAAAAAAUAUAUCAGAUUGAUAAGAUAGAAGAUAAAAUAAGGAUAUUACGAUUUUACUCCAUUUUAAAUAAUAAAAGUAAAAUGGAGAAUAAAAAUAAAAUAUCUGAAGAAGGUAAAAUUCAUAUUCUAAAACAAACCAACGAAGAAUAUUUAAAAACAAAUAUUAAAAAAAAUAAUUCAAAACGAAUUAAAGUAAUAAAAAAUAUAAGUAUUCUCUCUAAAAAUGAUCAAAAUAAGGAAGCUGCUAACGACCCAUUAGUAUCUUGCAUAAUUGCAAAUAAAAAAUUAAAAAAUAAAUCAACAAAUGAAUCGAAAACUGAAUCGAAAAAUACAUGUUACACAUCCGAUGAUAUGGAUAGUAAAACUGAUACUGCGAGUGAUUCACACAGUAAUGAUAAUGAAGACACAUCUGAAUCGGAGAAUUCGAAAAUUGAAAAAGUAACUAACUCUGAUAAUUCAGAUCAAAUUAAAUCUCAUAAAAGUUAUAGAAAAAAUGAGACGAGAAAUAGUAGCUCAGACUAUGCUAGCAAUGACACAACAUCUGAGGAGUAUGAAGGUAGCGAUAGUAGAAGCACUAAAACUAUUUUAAACAAAUUGGGUGAUCCCAAAAAUAUCGUAGAUAUCCAAACUUCAUUAAGUAAUAAGCUUAUAGUUGAUAGUAAAAAUGGUGAAAUCGAUUUAAAUCAACAAAAUAAUAAUACUGAUAUGGUCGAAGCAUAUCGUGAACAUCUGAGUUCGAAAAAUGAACAGACACCGAAAAGGGAGGUAGAUGUAUGUCACAUCUCUAUACAAAAUAAUAGCAUACCUAAUCAUGAUGAAAACCUGUACAAUUAUAGAGAAAACAUUUUAAGCGAUACUUGUCCUCAGAAAAACUCGAAUUUUUUUUCAGAACUUGCAAAAUGUGCCAAACUGGAGUAUGCACCUUCCCAAAUACAAAAAGACAAUUAUUAUGACAACUUAAAAGGUCUAAUGAUUAAUAAUAACAACAAUUAUAAUGAAAUAAAUAAUAACACAUAUGACCAAAUACUCAAUGAUGUGUUAGGGGGGUAUAGAAAUAAAAAUGAAGCUGAAAUAAAUUUAAAUAUGUUGAAUAGCAAUCCAUAUUUAAAUGAAAGUAAUAAAAAAGUAGUUUUGAUAGAUGGUAAAAAUAUUGGUACAAGAUAUAAAAGUAAUUAUAUUAAAUAUUUCGAUAUUUUUAGAAUUAAAACAGUAUUAGAUUAUUAUAAAUUUAAUGAAUAUAAAGUUAAAAUAAUUAUUCCAGAAGAGUAUGUGAUGCAACAUGAUGAGAUAUUUAAUACUCAUCAGUUCAUUCAACAAGAGUCUCAAAAAGGAGAAAGAUACUCCACUCAUAAUGGAAUGAACAUAAUGAACUAUCCUAAUAACCCUAACUAUUAUAGUGAUAAUAAUUUAUAUAAAGAUAAUAGUUAUAAUAUAGGUAUUGGAAUUAUGCCAAGAGGUGAGAAUAAUGAGUUUGCACUUAAUACUAAAGAUUUAUUAUUUUUUAAACAUCUAAAUAUGUUAGGAUGCCUAAUUAUUCAUCCUUUAGAAAAUUAUUAUCAAUUUUGUAUACACCUAAUUCAAAAAUUUAAUUCAGGGUUUGUUACAAAUAUUACUAUAUCUGAGUUAGCUAGUAAACUACAUAAAUAUGAACAAACAAUACAACUCAUAUCUCCCCAUUUAAUUUCUUAUACAUUUCUUGGUCAUGAAUUUUUACCUAAUCCUAAUUUUAAGUGGCCAUCAUCGAUAAAUAUGGAAUAA